AUGCUCCACGGUAUGGCCUAUGCAGGCACCAUGGGAGAUCGGCUACUCGCCAACUCAUUUGCGGCCUCACCGUAUCUUCCUGCGCAAUACCKUUAUGAUUAUGGGGUCGCGACACAAGCAUACUUCGCGUUUGUGGCUCAUUUCGGCUGUGAUAUCAAACAGCCUGUCGGGUCAGCAGCGCCCAUUCUUCGAGUGCCUUUUUGGGCAGUCCAUGGAUGCCCUGAUCAACAUGAAUGGCAGGAAUCUGCUCGUUGGCAAUAA